GUUAGAAUUCUGAGUUUCGAGUGAAGUUCGUCAUUUUCUGAAAAUUCUCAAUUUUCUGAAUGUAAUUUGUGCCAUUUCCUGCGCGAUACGAGCGCUGUUGAACAAUCUAUAAUCUCGCCGUUGUUCCCAUUGGGAAAGUAGCCCGAAAUGGGCGUUUGGUUGCAAAUAACGGUGGCCGCACUUCUGGUUUUUUCGACCACGCGUUUUCAAACGGACGCCACAAAGUUGAAUUAUCCGCGUGUUCUGCUGCCGAUCUUUGACCACAUCUCCGUGAACUUUACGCUCGAGGUCGUCGAAAAAGGGUGCUUCAAAUGGACUUCGUCACGACUGGAUCUUAUCCAAAUAACGCCCUCCUACGAAGGGAUUGAUGAUGAUUGCUCUUAUCGGGUGCUGGUGACCGUUAUCAAUAAAGAAAAGCGCCGGAACACGGCUAUCGUGUUGGCUGAGGAUUUGGCCACCGGUGAGGUGCUCCGCUGCGACGUUAUUCUCGAUGUAAUCGAUCAGCUGGGCGUACUAACUACGACCCGGGAACUAUAUCUUGAAGAAGCACCGGAAACAUUCGAACUGUGGGCUCAAGAUGCACAAGGGAACGCGUUCACGACGCUCGAGGGCAUCGAAUUCCAGUGGCAGAUUGCAUCGCACCGAUCGCACGAAACGCGUGUGACCGGAGACGAAAGCAGCUGGAGUCAGGUGUUGCGUUUUCUCACCUUCUCCGAGAGCAAGUUCCAUGGAGUACCGCGACCGAUCGAGAAGCUUGAGGUAGCGGGCGUACAAGGGUACAUGGUGUUGCUGGAAGGCAUCAAUACGGGUUCGGCACGCGUCACGGCUCGCUUACCGCACACCGAGUACGCGCAUGUGGCUCCGGUUGAUGUGAACAUCAUGGUGCUAGCGAAUCUGAUCCUCAAUCCGAGCGACGUUUACAUUCUUCCCGGCGACACGAUCGAGUUUAAGGUACUCCAGUUGAAGCAGGGCAAACUGCACGAAAUCGCUCUCAACAGUCAGUACUAUCUGGAGAUUGAAGAUGAAACGUUUGCCUCGAUCGGUGGUAACGUGGCAAAGGGAUUGCAAGUGGGACGCACAUUUGUACUCUUGCGUGAUCGCAAUGUACCCCACGAAGACGCAAAGCAAAGUGGUGAGGAUGCGAACGCAAAAGCAACUUUACCGCGUGCAUCGAUUACGGUCGUUGAUCCGAAAAAGUUGACGAUCAAUUUGCUGCCGUACUACAACUGGGUAACGGUCGAGGGUGAAAGCCAUGAGAUUGCGCUGAACCUCUACACGGCCGAUGAUCAUCAGAUAACGCUUGGACCGCAGUACAAGAUACAUUCCAAGUUUGAUGAAUCCAUCUUCUACCCGAUUCGUGUGACGGGCAAUGGAAGUAGCAUUUUCGGAGAAACCGUCGCCACCGGCAGCACUCCUGUUACGGGGAAGUUUGAAAAGUUGAACGCGAACGCAGAAAUGGUUGUGUACAAACGGUUGGCGAUUAAUCCGCCGGAGGUGAUUCUUCCCUUCGAUCCGAAUCUACGACGACAGAAGCUUCAGUUUACCGCCACGGGAGGAGAUGGAGCGUACAGUUGGUCUUCGCUGGAUCCGAACGUGGUAGCCAUCUCACAGACCGGUCUGGCCGAAGCACGACUCGAUCAGAUCAAGGGAAUAGCGGAUUUUUCCGGCUCCUCCGCCGACAUAUCUCAGGGUGCCGGUAAAGUAACGCAGGUGAAGGUUGCCAUGUCCCGGAACGUACGGAUUUUCGUGUCGGCUCAAGUAAUGUUCCUACCACCGAUCCGGCUGGAUGUGGUACGCUAUAACUUCGAAACGGUCGUAAAGGAUUACAUCCGCGUACACGUUGGCCUCUGGGCAUUGCACAAUGGAACCGAGAAGCCGUUUACGUCGUGUGAAAAUCUAAACUUUGAGCUAGAGUUUAGCAACCAAAUCUUCAUCGUCAUCGAUCAGCAACAGGCUGUCGAUGCAGGUGCGCAGGAAACGACUGCCAACGGUGCCUGUCGGAUAGUGUACCUACGUGCGACGACCGUUGGACAGACGAACCUGAAGAUUACCUAUCGUUACCUCGAUAAGGUGCUUUCCGAUCAGGUUUCGCUGCAUGUGUUCGAACCACUGGCGAUCGAAAAUCCGGUCGAGAACGAGAUCGUACUACCGAUCGGUGCCUCGCGGAAUCUUUUCUACUACAAGGGCCCCGAACGGAUCUAUCACUCGGAGGCAGAGCUGCAGCGCAACCUGGCGUACGAUCGGAAGGCCCUCGACGUGACGGAGGUAGGCAGUGGAUUCUCCAAGGACAAGCACAUUGUGCGGGCACUUUGCAAGAAGAUUGGUGACUUUGAGCUGAAGUUGGAGGUGUUCAACACACUGAGCACGGCCGCGAAUGCAGUUCCGUAUGUGACGGAAUUUGUGACAAAGAUUUACUGCGUUAAGCCACGCUUCGUAAGCUUGAUCACGGCGGAUAAGGUGAAGGUGGGGUGUCCACUCGAGCGGCGCAACUCGAUGAUGC